AUGGGUGUUCAUCAUUCUACGUCAGCUGAUGAUGAUGAUGAUGAUGAUGAUGAUGAUGAUGAUGAUGAUGAUGAUGAUGAUGAUGAUGAUGAUGAUGACGAUGCGGCUGUUCGGGGGAAGGCUGUUCGGGGGAAGGCGGGAAGGGGCCGAAAAAAAUAUCCACUUCAGGAAGGUGUCACCUGGACAGGCACAUAUACUAGACAAGGGGGCUUUACUUCCCCAAUCACUGUUCUCUACUAG